AUGUCUGGUCUGUAUAAUCCCAGCUUCUCACCUUCUAGAGCCGCUUCUCCUCAGAUUAGAACCACCUCCGAUGUUGACAGUCAGUACUUAUCUCAGUUGUUAGCAGAACAUCAAAAGCUUGGACCUUUCAUGCAAGUCUUACCCAUAUGUAGCCGACUCUUAAAUCAAGAGAUUUUUCGGGUUAGUGGAAUGAUGUCCAACCAAGGGUUUACGGAUAUUGAUAGGUUGCGGAAUCGAAGCCCUAGUCCAAUGGCUUCACCAAGUCAUAUGUCUAAUGUUCAUGGUGCUGGAUUAGGCGGUUGGAAUGGUCUUCCACCAGAGAGAAUAGGUGGUCCUCAUGGAAUGGCGAUGGAAUGGCAAGGUGCCCCUGCUAGUCCAAGUCCAUACCCAGUCAAGCGUAUAUUGCGUUUAGAUCUUCCAAUUGAUACCUAUCCGAAUUUCAAUUUUGUUGGAAGGCUUCUGGGUCCUAGAGGUAACUCGUUGAAGCGUGUGGAAGCAACUACGGGUUGCCGUGUGUUUAUUAGAGGGAAAGGAUCAAUUAAGGAUCCUGACAAAGAAGAGAAACUGAAAGGGAAGCCUGGCUAUGAGCAUCUCCAUGAGCAGCUGCAUAUCCUCAUUGAGGCUGAUCUACCUGCUGAUAUUGUGGAUAUAAAUCUGCGUCAGGCCCAAGAAAUUAUCGAGGAGUUGGUCAAGCCUGUGGAUGAGUCACAGGAUUACAUCAAGAGGCAGCAGCUACGAGAGCUUGCGUUGCUGAAUUCAAACUUGAGAGAAAACAGUCCAGGUCCGAGCGGUAGUGUCUCUCCUUUCAAUUCAAAUGCAAUAAAACGCCCAAAAACGGGACGCUAA